CUCUAUAUAAACAACCACCACGUAGCAAUCAGAAAACAUAUCAAAACAAAUUACAGGAACCAGAAGAAAACACAUGGAUCUGCAGGCCUUGCCGGAAGGCUGCAUAGCCACCGUUAUCUCGCUGACCACGCCUCGAGACGCGGCCACCAUGUCCUCGGUUUCGAGGAGUUUCAGGUCGGCAGCGGAAUCCGGCGCCGUCUGGGGCAGGUUCCUUCCCCCCGAUCUCCACACUAUCCUGUCCUCCUCGUCACCCUCCAUGUCCGUACAUCCGCCGCAUGUGGCUCCCUCCGCUUCCAAAACCAAGAAGGAGCUUUACCUCGCUCUGUGCGACAACCCAGUUCUCGUCGAACAGGGCAAGUUGGGCUUUUCACUAGACAAAUGGAGUGGGAAGAAAUGCUAUAUGAUUGCUGCAAGGGCCCUUUCAAUCGUUUGGGCCGACACUCCUCAGUACUGGAAAUGGAUUUCUAUCCCCGACUCAAGGUUUGAGGAGGUGGCAGAGCUUGUGGAUGUGUGUUGGCUUGAAAUCCAUGGCAAAAUUGAGACUCGGAUGCUGUCCCCAUCCACCCUUUACAAAGCUUAUCUUGUAUUCAAGACAACUGCAGAGGCUUCUGGACUUGAGCUCCGCGAUGUGGAGGUCACAGUGGGUUUAAUUGGGGAGAUCACUGAGGCCCAAGACCAGACCAGGGAGAUCAAUGAGGUCCAGUAUCCGAAAGAGCGCAACGACGGGUGGCUGGAGAUAGAGAUGGGGGAGUUCUUCUGUGAAGAGGGUGAAGGUGGGGAGUUGAAGAUGAGUUGCUUGGAGACAAAUGGUCACUGGAAGAGCGGCCUCAUUGUUCAAGGGAUUGAAGUCAGGCCCGAAAGGAUGUAGAAAUCAAGUGGCGGUAGAUUACUGUCUUUAUAAUUUCAAAAUAUUAUAAUUGAGCUGUUUUCAAAUGCUAAAUGUUGCAAUUGAAGUGAGUCAUGUCAAUGUCCUUAGUCAAUUGCUUCAUUUGUUGUAAUGUUUGUGUUCGAUUGAGCACAAAUCUUUAUGAUCUUUGUGCUCAAUCGCUUCGUAUGUCUAAACUUUUAGCAUAAUCUAAUAUACUGUUAUAAGCGAUAUUCUUACUUUGAGCUA